UGCCAGCUCUCCCUUGCAGUGGGGCUGGACGCCGCUGGCAAGACCACCAUCCUCUACAAGCUGAAGCUGGGCGAGAUCGUCACCACCAUCCCCACCAUCGGGUUCAACGUGGAGACGGUGGAGUACAAGAACAUCUGCUUCACAGUCUGGGAUGUGGGCGGGCAGGACAAGAUCCGGCCGCUGUGGCGGCACUACUUCCAGAACACGCAGGGCCUCAUCUUCGUGGUGGACAGCAACGACCGGGAGAGGGUGCAGGAGUCCGCCGAUGAGCUGCAGAAGAUGCUGCAGGAGGACGAGCUGCGGGACGCCGUGCUGCUGGUGUUCGCCAACAAGCAGGACAUGCCCAACGCCAUGGCGGUGAGCGAGCUGACCGACAAGCUGGGCCUGCAGGCGCUGCGCAGCAGGACCUGGUACGUGCAGGCGACGUGUGCCACCCAGGGCACGGGCCUCUACGACGGGCUGGACUGGCUGUCGCACGAGCUCUCCAAGCGCUAGCCGCAGCGUGGGGCGCAGGCGGGCCGGGGACGUCUCUCCCCGCCGCUGUUCUCUUUGGAUUCCUUUACUUAUUUUUUUUUGGGGGGGUGUUUUUCCUUUCCCCCCGGCGUGGCCUCGUCUCUGUGUGUUUAUCUGGUAGGACUUGAACCUCAAGGACUCUUCAGGCAGCUCUGCCU